AUGUUAAUGGUAAUAAAAAAAAAGCGAGGUGGGGAUGAGAUGAUAAGUCUGAAUGCGAUGAGAUUUGAAAGGAAUGCGAAUGAGAUACGAAAGCGGAUGGACAGGCCGCUGGUUGUCAUGCUUGGGAAGGGACAGGAUGUGGUAGAGUUCCGGAUCAACUCUGCGGUGUUUGUGUAUUUGCUUGGGUAUGAGUUUCCUGAGACUGUCCUGGUGAUUGGGGAAAGAUGUGUGGCGGUUACAAGCCAGAAGAGGGUGGAGAUUCUCAGGCAGGUUGGCGGCCUGGAAGUGAUUGUGCGUAGCAAGGAGAGCUCUGGAAUAGAGGAGAUACGAAGAGUGGUUAGGGGGCAUUGCUAUGUUGUAGGAGCCGAUGGGAUUGAGGGAGAGUUCUGCAGAGGGAUUCUUGAUAGUUUAGAGUGGGAGGAUGCAGGAAGGAGGCUUGAGGAUGUUUUUAUCACAAAAGAUGAGAUUGAGGUUGAGAAGUGUAAGGCAGCAGGACAAGCUGUGUCUGUGCUGUUGAAAAGAGGGGUGGAGAUGCUAUGGGACGGAAGGUUUUACAUGAAGAAGCUGGAAGAAGCAAUGGCUGGAGAGGAGGAUGGAAUUGACAUGAGUAAAGCAGAGUUUUCGUUUCCAGUGGAGUAUGAUAGGGGAAGUGUUAGGAUUGGUGUGAGGCUGGAUGGAUAUUGCAGUGAGGCGAGUAGAACGAUAGUGGUGAAUAUGGACGAGAUGUAUGAGGCGCAGGAAUUUAUUCUUAAUAUGAUAAGGCCUGGCGUUAGCUCUGCAGAUGUGUAUUGUGAGGCGCAGAAGUACUUUGCGUCGAACGGCGUAUGCUUUGGAAGUAGGUUUGUGUAUACGAUUGGGUUGCUAAGCAAUGAAAGAGGAUUUGACGAAGGGUUUAUGCUGAGCAGAGGAUGUGUAUUUGUUGUGAGCCUGAGGAGCGAAGGAAAGAUUCUGUCGAAUACGUUUGUAUUGAGGGAUGUGCCUGAGUAUUUGACAUCGAAAGACACAGCAUUUGAGUUUGUGAAGAAACGGUCGAGGUUCAGAAAUAAGACGAAGGAGUAUGAGCUUGGCAUGAGAAGGCGGGAGCACCAGAAAGAGCUGAUUGAUGAGCUGAUUGAGGAACGUCUUCAGUAUUACAGAGGGCUUGAGGGAGAGGAGGGUGCUGAGGAUGAUGCAUGCAGUAGAGAGGUGUGCUAUACCAAGGAAGGCCAGGUUCCGAGGCAUGGACGACUAGUGGUUGACUACUUGAGAGAGGCUGUUGUUAUUCCGAUUGGAAGUUAUGCGGUUCCCUUCCAUGUGUCUGAUAUUAAGAGUGUGGCUGUGACUGACUCAAAGGGUUUGCGAAUCAACUUCAAAACAGAGCCAAGAGCCAGCGACGGCUCUAUCUGCGAAGAAGAGAGUGUAAAGGGUGUUCUGAGUCUGAUAAAGUCGAUAAACAUCAGUGGAGGAGACUCUAAGGAGUAUGCAGAUGAGAUAAACGGCCUUAGAAAGGCGUAUCUUGCAAAAGGAAGCGAUAUAAAGAAAGAAGCGCCAUGCGGAUUAGUUAUUUCACAGAAACCAUUUGUGCUGAACGAUUUGCAUAUGAGAACGGAUGCUAAGUCUGGGAGUAGGAAGAAACAGACUGGAGAUCUUGAGGUCCAUGCAAAUGGAUUCAGAUAUGGAGAAGUAGUGAUUUUGUUUGCAAAUGUCAGGCAUGUGUUUUUCAGUGAAGGGGAGAUUGAGAACAGCACGAUUCUUCAUCUCCAUCUGAAUGCAUCGCUUACAGCAGGAGAAAGGAUAUUUAAUGUGCAGUUCUAUCAAGAUGCGAGCAGCAACCUUGUGCAUGACACUAUGAAGAGGGGAGACGAGCAUAUGGAAUACAUAAUUGAAAAGGAGGAGCAGCAGAGGCAAGAGGUGCUGAAUGCAAGAUUUAUGGAGUUUGUAAGGAGGAUAGAGGCGGAGACGCCGAUGAAGGUGCAGAUACCACACGAUGGGUUCUACGGGGUGCCGUUCAAGGAGAAUGUGAUGAUUAAGCAAACACACGAGUGCCUUGUGAGUGUUGAGGAGGCGCCGUAUUUUGUUCUGAGUCUUGAGGACAUUGAGGUGGUGAACUUUGAAAGAGUGGUCUCUACGGUAAAGACUGUUGAUGUGCUUUUUAUUCUGAAGAAUAAGCAUCCGGUGCAUGUGGUGAUGAAGAACAAGUCGCGGCUGCUUGUGAGUAUACAGAGUGUGGAUGUACAGAGUGUGGAUAAGCUCAAGGAUUAUCUUGACCUGAACAAUGUUCUGUUUAUGGAGACGUCUGUAAGCAUUCGAUGGACAAAUGUGAUUGCAAGCAUUAUGAAGGACCCGAUUUCGUUUUAUGAGGACGGAGCAUGGUCUGGAUUGAUGGUUGGGGACAAUGAUGAGCCUGAGGAAGAAAGCGAAGUGUCGGAAGAGUCGAGUGUUUCCGAAUCCGAAAGCAUUGAUACAGAUGAUGAUGUGUCGAGCGAGGAGCCUGAUGAGAGUGAGGACUACGAAAGCGAAGAUAGUGAAGAAGAUGAUGAUGAGAGCGAUGACGAAAGCUAUGAAAGCGAGAAGCCUAAAAAGAAGCGGCGUAAUUAA